GAUUCAAGGGUCGUAUCAAGGAGAGUCUGAAAGCUGUUUUAGCUGUAUGGUCGAAACGCAUCAAGUUAAAACCAAACUUGCAAAAAAUAACGAAAAGCAGAAAAUUGUUACGCGAACGGACAAAAAGGCGUCUCGCAAGACUUAAUGGCUUAAACAAAGUCUUCAACGUGUCUCUUCUGUCUUAAAGUGCCCACUCGUCUCUUAUUCAAGAUCUUGCGGUUGUGAUAGUCUAGCCUUUCAAGCGAAGAACAGCUUCUUCCAGGAUUUAGUCUAACGUUAGACCCAGACGAGGCAAGACGAAGCUGUCACUCGAGUUGGCCGUGAGGCGACAAGAAACUCUGAACGUGGGAGAGAAGAGUUGCUACAAUUCUCAUAGCAAUUGGGCACACAGAAAGACUUCACAGUGGAAUUUCAUGUGUUUGACAGCAUCGUAAAAAAAUUUCGCUCAGGUGCUGCGCGACGUCUAUGCCGUUGUAACAAUUAUAAAAAAAACACAGACGCUUCACUCGCUGCAAGAGGUGCAAGAUAAGUUCUGAGAGAAAGACGUGAAGUUUGUUCACUCAUCACUACCGGGGAUAAGAAAAUUGCUUUGGCAACUUGUGAAACCUUUGUGGAAAAAAACGUGCUCUAGGAAAGUGGCCAGUUUCGUGUAUGCACGUUUUCUCUACCCUAGCAAUUUCUUCCCCCACAAACCGCCGGAGGGAAAUCAGCGAGAAGUGGUUUAUUUUGCUGGUGACGCCUUUAUUUAAGAAUCGUGUGUAUUUGCAAGAAAUAUUGAUAAAUUCGAAGAGCAACACGAGAUGGAAAGAUAACGGUUGUAUCAUUUUACGUCAUAAAGUUUCGCGUAAACCUUCGUGACGUUUUAUCGGAAAAGUGUAUAUAACACGCAACGUGAACUAAGUUGAUCAAAAUUUACAAGAGCUCUUAGGGAAAAAAGAAAACUUCAGCAUCAUCAAAGAAAUCAAAAUGAAUAACUCGACGUCUUCAAGUCUCAAAGACUCUGGUAUUGUGUGGUGUAUACUUUUUUCAGUCCAGUCCAUUUUUAUUGUGGUUUUGAACACGAUGACGGUUGCAACAUUCCUAAUCAAUCGACAUCUUAGAAAGAGAAGCGUGUACCUCUUGAUAAACCUAUGUAUCGCUGAUCUGUUCGUCGGGCUAAUUUCUAUGCCUUUUUGCAUCUAUGACAUCGGCCUAAGAUCAGGAAUUUUCACUACGGUCAUUCCGAAAAUGACAUUCUAUUUCCUCUACGUUUUCAUCGACAUUUGUUUCGGACUCUCAUCUGUUGUUAACCUGACUUUCAUCGCACUAGAGCGCAUGCGCGCAACGGUGUGGCCCAUACGUCAUCACAGCUCAAGACCCCAGAUGUACUUCUACUUGAUCGUCGCUGCAUGGCUUAUCCCAGCAGCCAUCGCGGGAUGGCAAGUUGUGAAUCUUAAAUUUAGGAACCUUUUACUGCCAUAUUGGAUCCCACACGUUAUCAUCCUGGGGCUUUUACUUAUCAUCGCGUUUUCGUACACCGUAGUUUUUGUCAGCUUCAAGAAAAAGAUCUGGAAUGGAUCGAACUUCACUCGGAGCCUUCGCACAAGCACAAGCAGUCGACGCGACCGAAAACUCGCUGUGACGCUCUUCGUUGUCACGGCAACGUCAUGUCUCGCCUGGUUACCAUUUUUCGUGCUCUAUCUUAUAAUCCUAUACACAAAAUUCACUGUCUCUUACAACACUAUAUAUGCGUUUAAACUUUUGCAUUACAGCAACUCUUUUGUUAACCCAAUAAUCUUUGUUAUCAAGAUGAGGGAGUUCAGAGCUGCUUUCUUCUCGUUGCUAAGGAGAUGCUCACGUGACCAAGGAUAUGUACAGCAAUCAAUGAUUCUGUUGGAGUCCAUUUUAAAACACCGACGGUCUCUGAAAGAACAAGGCAACCAUUGUGGGGAGUCAUCGUAGAAAAACGUAUGUAGGGACAUAGGAACUCAAACAUCUCAGUGCAGAUUUUAGCGAUAAAUCUUUUUCUCGUUUUUUUUUAGAUAAAUGGUGUUUUGGAAGUUUUAUAGCUUUAAGACAAAAACAUCGUGAUAUUAUUUUGUCUGGGAAGGCCAGAAACGAAAAAAACACUAAUGGCGCUGAAGGCUAAACUCACACUCAUGAGAAACUAAUUUUAGGUGACAUCGACAGAGUUCGCUUAUAACCGCCUGAAGCCAGGCGUCACAGUGUUUUAAACAGCAGCUGCAUAGACUGUGGAUGGAAGAUACUAUAGUAUUCGAGCCCUAUUGGUAAAAGAGAUAUAACACCUUAUAUAAUU